GUUUUAGAAAGUCAGAAAGCAAGGUUUAAUCUUCCCUUGCAAGUAAACAUCGGAAAUCAUAUAUACUACUUUUUUAUUUUUCUGUUUUAUUAAUUUCUUGAAAUAAAAACAUCAAAUAAAUAAAUGUUUUCUAGAGCAAAACAACACUUCUGUCAAUUCCAGACAUUUUCAAUAUAAUGAAGGACCCAAAAACCAAAACCCUCACUGUCUAAAUAUUUGCAUUUUGAGUUUGCAAGAGAAACGCUCAACAAUGGCAGGUCUAGGAGUGGCAGCAGCUAUGGUGGUGACAGAGUUCACGGAGGUUGGCGUAAACAUCAUCAUGAAAGCCGCCAUGACUAGAGGCAUGAAUCAAUUUGUCUAUAUAGUUUACUCAAAUGCCUUAGCCAUCUUUAUCCUUCUUCCUUCUUGUUUCAUUUUUUACAGGAAAAGACCUCUCCCCCAACUUACAGCGUCCAUCCUUUUCAAAAUAUUUCUUCUGGGUGUUUGCAGUUGUAGCAUUCAGAUGCUUAUGAACACUGGGAUAAAAUAUAGCUCUCCAACUCUGUCCACAGCUAUGACUGAUCUUGUACCGGCUUUCACUUUUUUGCUAGCUGUAAUCUCCAGAAUGGAAAAGCUGGAGUUGAGAUUACGAAGUAGCCAGGCCAAGACCAUGGGCACCGUGUUAUCAGUUGCAGGAGCCUUAUUUGUGACUCUGUACAAAGGGCAGCCCAUCACAAAUAGCUCACUUCACCAGUCUCUUCGAUUGCUCCAUUAUUCAAACUGGGUUGUUGGAGGCAUCUUAUGUGCAGCUGGUGCAUUGUGCAUAUCCGUACUAUACAUUAUCCAGACUUGGAUUUUCAAGGUCUACCCUUCAGAGUUGAUGAUAACUUUUAUAUGUUGCUUCUACGUGACCGUGUUAUCUGCUACAAUCUCUCUAAUUGCAGAGAGAGACCCAAAUGUUUGGAUACUAAAACCUGAUCUUGAGCUGAUAGCUAUUGUCUGCUCAGCAGUUUUUGCAGUAUCACUUCGCAGUGUAGUUCAUACAUGGGCUUGUGGCAAGAAAGGACCUGUAUACACUGCCAUGUUUAAGCCACUUGGGAUGAUCAUUGCAACAUUGUUGGGUGUUUCUUUUCUUGGGGAUACCCUUUAUCUUGGAAGUGUGAUUGGAGGGAUUAUUAUUGCCCUUGGAUUUUAUACAGUGAUGUGGGGAAAAGCCCAAGAAGAAAAAAAGAUGGGUGAAGAGGAAGAAAACUCUGACUUAGGGUCCAGCUCUCAUAAAGCCCCUCUUUUGCAAAAUAGAAGCGUGGAUGUGUAGUAUUCUCGCAUUGUGCCUAAACGAAUUAUGAGUAAGAUAUUUGGUUUUUCAGAAGAAAACAACAAUUACCCAAAUUAAAUUAUAUAAAUCCUAUAAAAUGAAAUAAGAGUGUGAUUCACAUAAAGUUUUUAUAUAUUUAUUUAUAAAUUAAUUGAUUACCGUAAAAAUUUGUUAUUGUUUUUAACCGUAUAUAUCUAAAAGUAAUUUAAUGUAUUUUUAAUCACAUCAAUUUUGGUAACGAAAUCAGAGGUGGACUUAGUUUGAUGAUUCUACAUUUUAACUUCAAUUA